UCUCUUCGUCUCGCAUGUCGUCCAGUUCUCAUUCUUUUGCGUGUUGCGUUCGUAAUGCUUCUCCCGAGUCCGAGACCAGCUCUCGCGUCCUCCGUCCAUCCUCGCUUCCUUAUCCUCUUCUCUUCCAAUCAUUCAAACCCUACCAAUCCGAUCACCACUCCAACCCUCUCUCUCACAUGCCCCAUCUUCAGACCUCGCUCAUGCCGCCUUCGCUGCUCUGCCCUCAGAUCCCAAGAUGGUCUUUUCCAGCCGGCGAAAGACGUGGAAUCCACGCCUGGGAUCGAGGGCUCUAUGAUUGGAGAAGAGAAGAUGACUGUGGGAGUCGGAAGCCCUACCCUCCCUGCGACUAUCGGAGUACAUCGGAUGAACUUGGGGGAUCAGGCCUUCUUCCUUCUAGCCUUCAUUGCCUGCACUACAUCUGUGGCUUUCACUAGCUUGGUUGUUGCUGCGGUUCCUACUCUCUUUGCAAUGAAGAGAGCUGCAAUUUCUCUUGCAAAGCUAGCAGAUACAGCUCGAGAGGAGCUUCCUAGUACCAUGGCUGCAGUCCGACUCUCUGGCAUGGAAAUCAGUGAUCUUACUCUACAGUUGAGUGAUCUAAGCCAAGAGAUAUCCGAUGGUAUUAACAAGUCAGGCCAAGCAGUGCGGGCUGCAGAAGCAGGAAUCAGACAAAUUGGUUCCAUAGCACAGAGUAAAACCAUGUCCAUGAUACAGGAGAGGGAAAACCUACCUAGUGUCUCUCUGCAACCCCUGGUUGCAGGCGCUGCAAAGAAAACCUCCCUUGUUGUUGGCCAAGCCAGGAAGACUUUCAUGAAUUUUAUUUACAGAGGUGAAUCAAAUGCAAGGCAAGAGUCCAGCCAGGUUGAAUGAAAAAAAAUAAAAAUAAAAGAAUAUAGUACCAUAAUGGUGAAGUUAGCUGAGGGAAGUGUGUGAUUAUAAGCAAAUUCAUGGUAAUCAGAUCAGGUCUUCUUCUAUGUUAUUGAUUUAAUAUCAUGAGACUUACUUGGCCAUAUCCCAAUAUGGACGCAAACAUUGAGACCUGACUGACAUCAACCAUUUUUGAACCGCUGAGACAUGCGCUUGUUCUUAGAAAUGAUGGCACUUUAGUUGUGCCUCAUCUUAUGUUCAUGGGAGUCUUGGCAGAAAGACGACAUUAUUAAGUGCAUUUCCUUUUUUAGUUGCACGCCAGAUCUUUUUUGUUUAUUUAUUAAUUUAUUUAAUUGUAUCUCGGGUGCAUUUGCCAUUUAUUAAGUGCAUUUCCUUGCAAACGCCAAAGCUUUUAAUGAGAAAUUAUGAUGUGA